AUGAGAAAAUUUUUUUCCCAAGCUUGUGAUCGUAUUUAUCGUCUGGUCAAAUUUGUACGUGUAUUCUGUUUUCUCCUCUCCUUCUAUCAUGUUCUGUUCCGUUCGCGACGUUGCCCCGUUCAGUGGUUUGGAAAUCUGGUCACCUUGAAUUGGUGGGACGAUUUGUGGUUAAACGAGGGAUUUGCCAGUUUCAUAGAAAGUAUUGGUGUGAACCACGUGCAUCCAGAAUGGGGUAUGGAUGAACAGUUUUUGCUGGAUGAUAUGCAAAAGGUUCUGACCAGUGACUCGCUAUCAACUUCUCGACCGGUAUUUCAACCGGUGUACUAUCCAAACGAAAUCAAUGAAAUAUUCGAUCCGAUUUCGUAUAACAAGGGUGCUGCCGUGCUUCGCAUGAUGGAGUCAUUCAUGGGCCGCAAUGCUUUCCGUCUCGGUUUAAAGCAUCUGAUCUACGAGGUUAAAUCAGAAUUCUUGAUCUUCUCACAAGUGAUUUCGUGGAACUCAUCAGCCUAUUUGGCCAUGUGGUGCCAAGAUGAGCUACAUUCCCAUACGUUGCACGAUUGA